AUGGUUUGCACUGCAUCCUCUGGCGCGUGUAGCGUCGCUGCCGGGGCUCACGACCACGCCUUUGCUCAGGCCAACAUCACAAUAGCAAUUCUGGCCGUAAUUCUGUUCCUAACACUAAUAUUUGAAGUGGCUCAUGAGGAACUUGUGGAAUAUCUGGAGCAUCGUCACUUGCACCAUGUGCUGAAGGUAGUGACGGCCAUUACGAAGGAAGUGACAGUGCUUGGGUUUAUUUCCCUUCUCCUUUUUUUCUCGACGCGCUUCGGCCUGACGAUGGCCAUCAAUGACAAAUUGCUGGGCCAGAGUUCUUUGGAGCGCAUUGGCAUAACGGAGCUGAAGGAAGAAAGCGGAAACCCCUACGCGGCUCCCACUGUUAUAUUUGAGCUAUUUGAAAGCGCGCACAUCAUCGUAUUCCUUUUGUUGGUGACCUUCACAGUCAGCAUCCUCGUGCUGCUGACUCUGUCCGUCGCCAAUACGACAGAAUGGAGACGGUACGACGAUAUGGGCGUCGCGGAGUUUCAGCAGCUCGUGAAGAGCAGACAGGCGUCGGACUCUGCCCUUCGCUUCUGGUACAUUCGUUACCGCUUUAUGAAUCCAUUAACGCCAUUUGCGCCCCACCAAGAAGGUGAAUUCAACUUUGGAGAGUUUCUGUCGGAACGCCUUUCUGAGACGCUUCUGCACAUGGUGGAAAUACCGAUAUCCACUUGGGCUUUGUUUAUUCCCAUUCUGCUUUCUUUGCGACCAGUCUUCGGCUUCAGUCCGAAGCCGCUGGUUGAAUUCCUCGUUUUCGCUGCAGGGGCCCUCUUGUUUUUCAACCUCUUCAUCUUCUGGAGACUCGAAACUGUCUUGAACUACCAAACCCCCAGCAGCAAAGAGAUCGAGGAGUACCUCCGCAGCCUGGCCCAGCCGCGGACUUUGCCGGAUGUGCCUGCAGCGCCAAUUGAGUCGCUGCCUCCAGUAACGCGCAACGGGCCAAUAUGCACGCUGAUCAGGGGCGCCAGGGUAAUGAAUGCGCAGGAGUCGUUGUUCGUGCUGGGGCCCAGAGGUAUCCCUGCCCUGCGAACGUUAAUUCAGCUUUCCCUGUCCCUCCAUGUUGUUGCCAUCACUGCCACUGCGAAGCUGCUGCUCUCCCCGCACUAUCAGCAUAUCAUGUUCGGGGUGUUGGGCUACUGGAGCGGCAUCGCUCCUCUUUUGGUCCUCCUCCUCAGCAUGGGACUUUUCCCUUCCAUCGCAACCCACUUCACCAUCGUCAGCAAUCUCGGGUGCCUCGCCAGCCGCCAGGCCAUCGCCGCCAGUGCCCAGCGCCUUCACUUGCAGCAGUUGGAGCGACAUUUCCAAAUUCUUCAGUUUCUGCGUUACAAGGCUGACACCUUCUUCGCCGCACACCCCGGCCGCGCACGCGAUGAGAUAGAGGAAGCCAGGCAGCUCUACGAAGCUCUGUCGCCAGAGACGCAAAAGGGCUACCAAGACAUAUUCCAUGCUUUUGCUGAACUCGCCGAAGAGCCAAGAAUCCCCCUAACGAACAUUCAUAAGAUGAUUGAGGCAUUCGCACUCAGCGAAAGGAUACCCGACUGCAAAGAGAAAGCUGACGGAUGGGUUGCUGCCCUUGACACCUCUGAGAGCCUCACGUUUCCCGCUUUCACCGCCGAUCUUUUUGACUUCCUCGACGACGACGCCGACGGAUAUGUGACGGUGGACGACUUCAUGGAUAACCUCCGCGGACUGAGGCCAGCUGCCUCCGAAGAGGAAGUCAAACAACUCAUAGCAGCCAUCGCCCACGGUGUCCGAGGGGAAUUGGUCAACUUCUACCAGCUGGCCUCCUGGAUCGAUGAAAUCGAAGACAGAGCCAGAAACUUUCACCCGAAGGGAUCCCCCACUCGCUAG